AUAAGUUAAUUUAUAAUGGCUCUUUCAUAUUAACUUCUCCAAAAUCAGAGUUUUAACUUACGCAUAAGAUAGUUUGAACUACCGCAACUUAUUUCUUUUUGUUCUUUUUAUUUUCCUCUUCUGUAAGUGGUUACAGAGAUCUACUUAAGCAGGCCCAUAGUCAUAAAUGCACGAAGAGUAGUGUAGUUGGCAUCCUCAAAUUGAUAUUUUAAAUUUAUGUGUGGUUGGUGUCUUGUGGUUGAGAGAUGCCACAUGAUGUAUCGUGACAAUGUGCAUUCUAAUUUGUGUUUGUUUCUCCCAAUAAAGCAUUCUUUAUUUGCUUGCCCUACUCAGUUCUGCUGUUUAUGGAAAAUGGAUUUUUGUGUUUUGUGAUUUGCAUCUCAAGCAGCCAUGCAGUGGUUGAUUCGAUGAUGCUUUGCUAGUGUGAACUUGGUGACACAUUAUACCCUUUGCAACCCUUCUUGCUUGCUAUUAUCUGGCUAUAUCCAUCAGAGCUUUGAACAUUUGGGAGUUUGAUUGUAGCUAAAAGAAGCAUGGAAGGCACUAAGGGUGAUGAAGGAUCCAUUACCGUAGGAACCACUGGAACAAUCAGCUUAUUGAUGACAAAGGAAUUGGAUCAGAUGUCUGGUGUUCCACAGCAGGAUCUAUCUUCAACAAGUAAACCUCGAAUUUCAGUUUCAAGUGGUAGUGCUACGCCGAAACGACCACAACCAAGAAAAUCAUUUGAAGCCAGUAGUAGUAGUAGUAGUACUAGUAGUAAUGUUACAAACCAUAUAAGCUCAGGGAUUGGCCCCAAAACAAAACAUAAUGGCAAACAUACCCAUCAACUACCCAUGCUUGGUUCCCACACCCUUCCAUUGGAGGCAAGUCCAGUUAUGAAGAAAAAGGAUAAGAAGAAAAAAUCUAAAUUUGUGGAAGUUGUGGACAUCAAGUGUGGUUAUGCAGAUAAAGCUUGGGCCACACCUAUCACAAAUUCUCUCAAGAAGUUGGGUUUCUCAAAGCUCUCUGAGAGCAUUACCUAAAGCUGGAAUUGUAUGUCAGACUUCAGGUUCUUGUAGCUGAAAGCAGAAAUUACAUUUGGCUUACUACUGUCUAUUAUAUCGACCAUAGAACACAUGCUUGGCAAGAGCUUGCUACUUCCUCGCUUUUUCUUUCUUGUUUCUACUCUGGAUACAGUUGAGGGUCUGGAAUCAGUGCUAACUGAGGAACCCAUGUUGAUGGUUUGAGAUUUGUUGUUCUGUGACCAGCCAUUGGAAUUUAGUUCAAGCCGGCUAAAGUACUCAAUUUCUUGCAUUAGAAGGGACCCAACUGUGCCUCUGGUGCCUAUUUCUACAGGUGGAAAUUCAGCCAUUUCUUUUGUGUUGCUUGUGGCAAGGAUGGUGGGUGUCUGUAUGCUUUAUAUUGUUGGUGUCAAGGAGAAAGAAAAAGUGGGAUUGAAGAAGAGUGGUUUUGUUGUAUGUUUGAUGAACUUUUCCACAAGCUGAGGCAUUUUCUUUAGUUUCACAGAAGCUCUCCACUCUACCAUGUACUAUUUAUAUGAAGUGCAUGACAUGUAUUAUGUUUAUGGUUGUAGAGUUAGUUGGUGACAUGACAUUGUCAUUCCAUUCAUGUGCAUGCAGUAAAAAGUAUUAUCCUUGUAACUUUAUGUUUAAUCAUGUCUAGCUACAUCCCAAUAAUAAGUUCAUUAUUUGAGACUAUAGUCAGUGUAAUUUGGAGCAGAUGAAUUCAUGUGAAAGAAGAAAUUGGACCAUCA